AUGGCAGACUCUGCAUUCCGCAAGAUCGAUAUCGACAAAUUUGAGGAGGACGUUCUGCUCGAGACCGAUCUCUACGAAGCCGACCCUCGUGAUCCCGCAACCGUUCUUGAAGCAGCGAAGGCGAAGAGCGCCGCCGUACGUGGUUUUUUGUCGAAGGGAGACAUUGUUGGUGCCUUAACAAACGUGCUCGAAGACGCACCAUACGGUCCCAACGUCGAGGAAGCGAAGAACCUCAAUCUUCAAACUGUUGUCACCGUUCUCAACAGCACGAAAUCUGUCGAUAUUCCCAACGUCGUCAAGUCACUCUCGCCUGAAACGCAGGACACGCUCAUGAAGUACCUCUACAAGGGUAUGGGCAUCUCGGGUUGGGGAGACGUCAGCGGCAGCGUGCUUCUCGGCUGGCACGAGAAGUUGACGGAGGCUGCAGGAGUCGGAUGCAUCGUCCGUGCGAUGACUGACAGGCGGCUCGUCUAG